AUGGCAUUCAGUGGUACUGGGAGGCCUCCUCAAUCAAAAGACCAGGUCUGCGAUGAAUUGAUAAAAACUUUGAAGAGUGGAAGUGAAGAACAAAAGAAGGCCAUUCAAGACAAAGUAGAUUUUAUCUGCAAAUAUUUCACCUAUUCAAAGGAUUACGAAAGUGGAGACAAGAAUAAGAGCUCAUAUAAACUGUGUUGUGAAACUAUCGACUAUUGUUCGUUUUACUAUCAGAGCUGGUUUUUCAUUCUUUGCACCGAAGUCGCAGUUUUGAUUUCCAUUAUCGUUAUCAUCGUGCUUUUUAGUUGUCUCAUCAAAAGAAGACAUAAAGAUAUAGGAAUAGGAGAUCAUAGACGAAGAGAGGCCCAUUAUGUGGUGGGUGCGGUAGAGGAGUUGAAGAAGGUGGAUGGUGAUGCGAAACCAAUGAAAACUGGAAAGACUUCUACCGGAAAGGAAGGAAAUAGAACAACUGGAGGACUGUUAUCAAGUGGAAAUUCAUAUUUGUGA